AUCGGCAUCUCCGCAUCUCCCCAAUCGAAUCUCUCCCCUCAAUUCCCAAAUCUCUAUUUUAAUAACCCACGUCCACGUUCCCCUCGUGGGUUCUUCUCAUAAUCCAAUUAUUUUUUUUGGCACUUUCUCACAAGGACAACUCUCUUUUCUCUGAUUAUCACCGCUUCGUUGUUUACACAAAUAUAUAUAAAAAGGACGAACUCUGAAAGCCCCAUCUGGGACGGAAGAGGGAUCUCCUUCUGGGGGCUGCUUUGAUUGUCCUCAGCCGUUCAAUUUUUACAAAAUGGGGAGCGAAGUCGAAAAUUUUGAAGAUCCAAAACUUGCACCUGAGGCAAUGGAGAACAAUCGGGCAUCUUCUUCAAAGGAAGGCAAAGGAAAGCGGCUGUGGAAGAAGGUGAAGUAUCAGCUGGUUGAGUACCACAGUUUGCCGAACUACUUGAGGGACAAUGAGUUCAUUUUGGGCCAUUACCGGUCCGAAUGGCCAUUGAAGCAGGUCUUGCUUAGUAUGUUUACCAUCCACAACGAGACGCUAAAUGUUUGGACGCAUUUGAUCGGAUUCUUCCUUUUUCUUUCCCUGACCAUAUACACUGCGAUUAAGGUUCCAGAGGUCGUUGAUCUUCAUGCUCUACAGCAUUUUCCUGAUGUGCUCAAAAAGGCUGAUCUGCACAAAUUAAGUGAAGAAUUCAUGACAUGCCUCCCUUCCCUACCCAACAUGCCAGAUCUAAACAGACUUAGAGAAGAGUUAAAGACAUCAUUAACUUCAAUGGAUCUGCUGCCAUCACUCUCUGGUUGGCAUGUUAUGGAACUUCUGAAUAAUUGUUUGCCGCAACGAUUCUCCCAUGGCAACCAAACCGAUGUCUGUGUUCUGCGUAGCAUGAAGGAGGAUGUAGCAAACAUAAUAGCACCACUGAUGAUUAGACCAAUCACAAGAUGGCCGUUUUUUGCGUUCUUGGGGGGAGCCAUGUUUUGCUUACUGACCAGCAGCGCAUGCCAUCUUCUCUCUUGCCACUCUGAACGCAUGUCAUAUAUCAUGCUCAGGAUGGACUAUGCUGGAAUUGCAGCCCUUAUAUCUACUUCCUUCUACCCUCUCGUCUACUACACCUUCAUGUGCGACCCUUUCUUCUGCGCCCUCUACAUGGGAUUCAUAACCCUCUUGGGAAUUGCCACAGUCUUGGUUUCCCUCGUCCCAGUCUUUCAAAAUCCCGAAUACCGAAUUGUCCGUGUAUCUCUUUUUCUUGGCAUGGGCCUGUCCGGGAUUUUACCUGUUAUGCACAAACUCAUCUUGUUUUCUGAUCAACCUGAGGCACUCCAUACAACUGGAUAUGAGAUUCUGAUGGGGCUUCUUUACGGGGUUGGAGCCCUGGUUUAUGCGACGAGGAUUCCAGAAAGAUGGAUGCCAGGGAAAUUCGACAUAGCAGGGCACAGCCACCAGCUGUUUCACGUAUUGGUAGUGGCAGGCGCAUACACCCAUUACCGUGCAGGGCUCGUUUACCUCAAGUGGCGCGACUUAGCGGGUUGCUGAAUUAGUGAAAUAGGAAGAUCGCCUCUAGACUCUUUGUUGUUAUGUUAUGUGUAGGUGAAGAAUGGAGUUUGUGUAGUGCAGAUAAUGUAAUUUCCAAUUUGUGACCAGAAUCAAGCACAGAAAAUCGUGUUUGGUUAGGGAGAAAAUGAAAAAAGGAAAAAAAAAAUUAUUGGAGUAUUUAGUUGGACAUGUAUAGAACUUGUGGUAAAUAAAGACUUUGUGUUCAUUUCAAAAUUCAAUAAGAUGAUGAAGCUGGUUUUCGAUCU